GCAGGAGAAAGCGAGCGCCGUGUGCCCAGGACUAUCAUGCUACCCCAUCGCACCACUCCGCUGUGCCAUGUGUUUAUGUUGGUGCUGUGUUUGUCUACGGCUGAGGACUUCGACUGGACAAAGAACGACCGCGGCUCCUUCUAUUAUGGCACUUUUCCAGUUGGAUUUUCGUGGGGUGCCGGCAGUUCAGCCUAUCAAACAGAAGGAGCCUGGGACAAAGAUGGAAAAGGACUGAGCAUCUGGGAUGUAUUCUCACACAACAAAGGCAAAGUGUUACUCAACGACACCGGGGAUUCUUCCUGCGAGGGCUACUACAAAGUCAAGGAUGACAUCUCCUUGAUUAAAGAGCUGAAGCUGAACCACUACCGCUUCUCCAUCUCCUGGCCCAGACUCAUUCCCACUGGGAUCAAGUCUGACCAUGUGAAUGAAAAAGGAAUCAAGUAUUACGAUGACCUGAUUGACAAUCUUCUGGAGAACAAGAUCACUCCCAUCGUCACCCUUUAUCACUGGGAUCUCCCCCAGGUCUUGCAAGAGAAAUAUGGCGGGUGGCAGAAUAUCAGCAUGGUCAAUCACUUCAACGAGUUUGCCAAUCUGUGCUUUGAAAGAUUUGGCAACCGUGUGAAAUACUGGAUCACUUUCAAUAACCCAUGGUCAGUGGCGGUUGAAGGCUAUGAGACUGGAGAACAUGCUCCCGGGCUGAAGCUGAAGGGAACAGGGGCAUACCGGGCUGCUCAUCACAUCAUUAAGGCACAUGCUAAGGUGUGGCAUACCUAUGACAUGCAGUGGAGGGGCAAACAAAAAGGUUUGGUGGGCAUCUCCCUGUCAGGGGACUGGGGAGAGCCAGUGGAUAUCACCAACCAGAAGGACAUAGAGGCCGCUGAGAGGUAUGUCCAGUUCUACAUGGGCUGGUUUGCCACACCCAUCUUCCACGGAGACUACCCUCAAGUGAUGAAAGACUUCAUUGGCAAGAAGAGUGCCCAGCAAGGCAUGGGGAAUUCUCGACUGCCCACCUUCUCCUCACAGGAGAAGACCUACAUCAAGGGCACAUGUGACUUCCUGGGUAUCGGCCACUUCACCACCCGUUACAUCACUCUAAAGAACUACCCGUCUGUUCGCGGUGGCAGCAGCUACUUCACCGACCGGGACCUGGCUGAGCUGGUGGACCCCCGCUGGCCAGACCCGGGCUCAGAGUGGCUCUACUCCGUGCCAUGGGGGUUCCGGCGUCUGCUCAACUUCGUCAAGACUCAGUACGGGAACCCGAUGAUCUACGUGACUGAGAACGGAGUUUCGGAGAAGAUGCAUUGCACUGAACUCUGCGAUGACUGGAGGAUACAGUAUUUCAAGGACUACAUUAACGAGAUGCUUAAAGCCAUCAGAGACGGGGUGAAUGUGCGUGGCUACACAGCCUGGUCCCUGCUGGAUAAGUUUGAAUGGGACGAGGGUUACUCCGAGAGGUUCGGCCUAUACUACGUGGACUUCAGGAACAAGAACAAGCCACGCUAUCCCAAGGCCUCCGUUCAGUACUACAAACGUAUCAUCAGCUCCAACGGAUUCCCCAAUCAGAGAGAGGUUGAGAACUGGAAGAGGAAGGCCACCGAGACCUGCUCCUCCAGCAACCAGCUCCUAGCAGCAGAGGAACAGCGGAGUACUGCUGCAAAUAUUCUAAGACUUAUACAUGAUCCCCUGACCAGCCACAUGGAGAUGGUGACGGAGAUCGUUGUGCCUACUGUGUGUACCCUGUGUAUCUUGCUCAGCGCCGUUUUUCUAAUGUUCCUGCUGCGCAGACGGAACUAGUAGAUUCAACCCUUUAAGUGUGUCCAAAUGUUUACAACCUCAAACAGACACACUCAAAAUUCACGAGUUAAUUUAAGUUUGAUGUGAAGUAAAUGAAGGCAUUUGCAUGAGAUCGUGAUUUAGAUUCUUGUACUUGCUGUAGUUGUAGUGGCAAUGAUCAUUCAAAAAGUCAAUCUUAGCAUUUUAAAUUGAGACACGUACAUUUGUGUGGUUCAUAGAAAGAAUAUGACAAAUAAAUCCC